CCCUCUAGAAAAACCUAGAGGGACUGAGAAAGUGAGUCCACACAGAAUCAUCAGCAGCAGAAGAAUCCAGGUUCCUUAGAACGAUGGCAAUGGCUCCAUGUGGUAGUGCGAUUGUACCUCAAUGUGGGAUUCGUCCUCGAUUAACGUUCAGAUCUUCUUCAGCUUCUAUAAACAAGAUGAUGCUGCGAUCAUCCGAUUACAGAAUUUCAACUCAGAUGCGGUGCUUGGCUUCAACAAGUUCAACCUCGUUUUCUCAAAAUUCAGUACACGCAAUAUUUGGAGCGGGUUCAUCUAGAACUCAGCAUCCCCGCCGGGGAACAGGAUUUGUUGUCAGAGCUGAUAGUGAUUACUAUUCUGUUCUUGGAAUAUCAAAAAAUGCUAGCAAGGAAGACAUAAAGAGUGCUUAUCGUAAACUUGCUAGGAAGUAUCAUCCAGAUGUCAAUAAAGAACCUGGGGCUGAGAAAAAAUUCAAGGAGAUAAGCAAUGCGUAUGAGGUCUUAUCGGACGAUGAAAAACGAUCAUUUUAUGACGUGGAACCACAGGAUUUCCGCGACCCAUUUGAUCUUAUUAAUACAUUAUUCAACAUAAAUGGUCCUACUCGUCCCAGAACUGGACCAGUUGAUGGCAGUGACGAAGAUUACAUUCUGUUGUUAAAUUUCAAGGAAGCAGUUUUUGGCAUAGAAAAAGAAAUUGAAAUAACCCGUUUGGAGACAUGUAAUACCUGUAAUGGUUCAGGUGCCAAACCUGGGACUCAGCCAACUAAAUGCAAUACAUGCGGGGGCAAGGGGCAGGUUAUAUCGUCGGCUAGGUCUCCACUAGGUGUUGUCCAGCAAGUAACAACAUGUUCCACUUGUAGAGGUUCAGGAGAAUCUUCAGACCCUUGCACUACGUGUAGUGGAGAUGGGAGAGUUAGGAAGUCAAAGCGUUUGAGUCUUAAAGUACCUGCGGGUGUGGAUUCAGGAAGCCGCUUAAGGGUCCGAUCAGAAGGUAAUGCUGGGUGGAGAGGUGGGGCUCCUGGAAAUCUUUAUGUUAACGUUAAAGUUAUCCCAGACCCAGUACUCAAACGGGAGGGUACCAACAUCCUCUGUACUUGUAAGGUGUCAUAUCUUGAUGCUAUUUUAGGAACAACAGUUAAGGUUCCAACAGUGGAUGGCUCGGUUGACUUGAAGAUCCCUGCCGGAACUCAACCAGGCACGACACUAGUGAUGGCCAAGAAAGGUGUUCCUUUUCUAAGCAAAAACAACCUGAGGGGUGAUCAGUUAGUCCGUGUACUAGUUGAAAUACCAAAGACAUUGAGCAGCGAAGAAAAGAAGCUCCUCGAAGAGCUUGCUGAACUUAACAAAGCCAAAACCCCAAAUGCUAAAAGGUAGUUAUGCGGCUAUAUAAAUUUCUUAUUCUUUCUUCUGUUAGCUAGAUAUACGUGUUUAUUUCGAACUCUUGUAGGUUUUUAGCUUUUAUAGUAUUAGGCAUUGUUUUGGGAAUUUUCAGCCCAUAACUAUAUUCAUGGGAAUAAAAAUAAGUGGAUUAGUGUUGGGCAUUUCACUUGAUAGAAUUGCAAGUUUCUUGAUUUUUUUCUUUA